CCCUAAGUAAGUAAUCGUCAUUUUCAUGUCGUGGUUAGAUAAAGAGCAAGCACUAAACAAACAAUUGCUAUUAUUAUUUUCAUGGUGGUAUUGGUUUUUGGGUUCGCUGCGGUUUGAUGGCCUCAUUUGGUGCUACCAUUAAAUGUUAUCUCUUUCUUUAAGUGGCGGUGUAGGCAGCGGUAACUACUGUAGAGCCCACAUGACUGGGCCAGGGUUUAUUGGUAACAUCUAUGAAUAUCUUAUUAGAAUUGAGAUUUACAUUCUUGGAUGCAUGUACAUGCACAUUGUGUAUAUAGAAGGUAUGCAGAGAGUAUUCGAGAAAAAGCAGGAGAAAAAUAGAUAAUUCCCAAUGCAAUGGAUAAACUUGGAGAGAAUGUGCGUUUUCAUUCUAUUUUGGAAUGUGGGUGUUCAUGCUAUUUGGGAUGGAUUGUGUGAUUAAAUUGGAAUAAUUGGGUUGGUUUACUAGAUGUAUGAAAAGAAGCCCGUUUUCAUAGUUUCAAAGAUAUAGGAAUUGUUUACUGUGCACUCUUGGAUUUCUUCGUGCUCCCUGAUCACUUGUGUGGUGGUUCCUGCAUUGAAUUUUGUUUCGGGCCUGUACUUGUGCCUAGAUUUGUGCAAAAACAUAGGUGGGUUCAAUUAUUUCUGUUUGGGAGAAGGUCUGUUAGAUCGGGGCUAGAAUUUUUGUGGGGGAUAAUUUCCAAGCAUAGCUAUUUGGAGCAAAAGUCCAGUAUAAUUUCUUUCAGAAAAAGUAAUUUGGGUUGUCCAAUUCGAUUCCCCUGGUUGAUUAGGUCCGCCUACAAAGGUGUGCUCUUUGAUUAAAGCCAAAGAGAAAAGAUAGAAAGCGUUAUCUUGUCCCUUAUUUGAACUAUAUUCUCUGUACUGCAUGGUAGUGAGCUAAAACUAGUUAUUGUGCGAGAAGGUUUAGGUGUAUAAAACUAGUGAGGGCUUCACCUGCAACCCCAAUCAAAUAGUUUGAAAUCAAAUGAUGAAGAGCCGAAGAAUACUUGUGGUGAAGGAGUAUGCCAGCUUUACUGCCUUGGCUUCCUCUAAUACUACAAACUCGAGUGGCAAGGCCUUCUUGUCUGAUAAACAUAACCAAUCUGAUUUUGGUUCCUCCUUUCCUCGUUAUAGUUUACUGGACAAGAGCAGCAAUGACUCUUUAACGCCAGAAAAUUCUUAUGGCGAUCCAUAUGACUUCAAUGCAAAUUUCAAUUCCUCCAUGGCCAUUGUCCUUAUUGUUCUCUUCGGUGUUUUCUUUUUUAUGGGCUUUUUUUCAGUCUAUGUUCGUCGUUGUGCCUCAGAUGAAGAGGACGCAAGGGGUAAUUCUAGGAGGGGAGGUAGCGGGAAUGGGUGGAGGAGAUCUUCUCAAGGACUUGAUAAAAGUAUAAUUGAGACCUUUCCUGUUUUCAGUUAUUCUUUGGUUAAGGGUUUGAAGCAAGGAAAGCAAGCACUGGAGUGUGCAGUUUGUUUGAGUGAAUUCGAGGAUGAUGAGACACUUAGAUUGCUGCCAAAAUGUAGUCAUGCAUUUCAUCCCGAUUGCAUCGAUAUGUGGUUGUUUUCCCAUACAACUUGUCCCCUGUGCCGAUGCAGUCUUCUUCCCGGACCCAAUGGUGUAAUACAAGGGCUCAGAUUUGAUGUGGAAGCUCAACUUCAGCAGCCAAGGGCACCGUUGCUGGAAACUGAUCAAGUGGUGGUUGUUAUUGGAGCAAGGAAUGCAGAGCAAGACAAUCAAGGCAGAGUAACAAAUGAAAUGAAUUCAUUUGAUGCAGGGGUAUGUAGAACAAGUCCAGACCAAGCCAGAGUUUACAAUGAGCACAGCACAUAUGCCACUGAUUCUCCCAUUCUUCGAAUAACGAAUAGUUUAAGGCCUCUAGAGAAGCGUAGCCAGAAUAUUAGACGUUCACAUUCAACAGGCCAUUCGUUGGUUAGCCUUGGAGGAGAUCCUGACCGCCCUUCUGAAUUCUACAUUUCGACUGAUGAUCGAUAUGUUGUGGAUUUCGCCGAAGAGCUUAUUCAAUCAUCCAAGAAUGGUUUGCACAGAAGUUGCAGCUAUGCAGCACUUUGUUGUACUGGGUCACCAGGCCUCUCAUAUUCGCAGGCAUCUGUGAAUGACAGAGAGAAGCUUUGGACAUAUCCUUCGUCAGUUGGGGAGGCACGCCCAUGUUCCAAUCCCCGUGCAAGCAGAGGUGCAGAAGCUGAAUCUGGUCAAGAAUUUACAAGGCUUUCCCAGACUCAUUUCGACCCAAGAAUUAGUUCUGACAGAUGGAAUAUUUCUCUCCAUUCCCCUAUCUUCUUGAGAACCUUUUCAGAGCGCAGAGCACCAGAUUUCCAGCAGCGAGAAAUAGCUUCCACUUCUUCAACAUCUCAUGACAGUAAUCCACAGGACCUCAAGGCUUUUAUGCAGUCUUUCAAAAAGGGUUUCAAGUGGCUGCGAGGAAGAGACAAGAACAUGGCUUCAUUUAAUGGUUCAGAAACUUCCAGGAGAUCCUCCAGGAAUGCAGAAGGAGGUGGGUUACUUGGAUACAGUUUUCUGAUGUGAGCUUAAAAACAUCAUUGGAAGGUCGGAAUUGUAUGCUUGAGUUUCUAAAUUUAUCAGAAUGAAGAGAAAUUUAAAUGCUAUAGAUGACAUAGGUGAAUUACACAACAAACAUGAAAGGAUUGAUGAUAGAAAAGCUUCCUCCGGCCUCGUCGCAUAUUAAAAAUUCAUUGAAAAGUAUUGACUCUGGAGGCAGACCCCAAGCUAGAAGCUCUGCACCUCUGGAGAAGAAGAUGCCAUUCAUGGAUACACAUCUGCAUGUUCCCAUCUGGACUUCGGAGUAUGCAACCAGAGUUGAAUGAUCUUCAGCCUUACAUCAAGUAGCUUCAGAAUUUUGUAUAUAGAAACUUCAACUGAAUAUUAAGUAGCUUCAGAAUUCUGUAUAUAGAAAACUCCAACAGAUUUUUAAGUAGCUUUAGAAUUCUGUAUAUAGAAACUUCAAUUGAAUUUUAAAAUUAAGCAUUCUUUUUCAGAA